GUGCGACAGACCAGGAGGAGAGUGGAGUGAAAGAGCCGCACAUUGUUCAGACUUAAGGCUUCAACCUGAGUUUACGCAAAGGAAUAACAACACAGGGACACACUGGAGCCAGUGAGCUCGGCUAAGUUGGCAGGAUGUCAGCUUUCAACUGUUCAUUUGAUUUAAUAACUGAAAACGAAGAGUGGCUUUGUCCUAAAGGAGAAGCGUGCACCAAUAUUACUCAUGCCGUGAAUGGGACCUUUCAUAAUCUCACACAUCUGACAGAGGAGGGGUACCUGGAAAAAUAUCUGGGUCCUCGUCGAUCACCUGUGUUCCUCCCCAUCUGCCUGAUGUAUCUGAUCAUCUUCCUGGUAGGCGUUGUGGGGAAUGUGCUGACGUGCACCGUCAUUGCACGCAACAAAGUCAUGUGGACACCAACAAACUACUACUUGUUCAGCUUGGCCGUGUCAGACCUGUUAGUGCUACUACUUGGCAUGCCAUUAGAGCUGUAUGAGCUGUGGCAGAACUACCCCUUUCUUCUGGGAACGGGAGGUUGCUACUUUAAGACCUUCUUAUUUGAGACGGUCUGCUUGGCAUCCAUCCUAAACGUGACGGCACUGAGCAUAGAGCGUUACAUCGCCGUGGUCCACCCUCUGCGAGCAAAGUAUUAUGUGACACGUACUCAUGCUAAGAGAGUCAUUCUCACUGUUUGGGGUGUAUCAGUUUUGUGUGCUGUGCCCAAUACAAGCCUGCAUGGGAUUGUCUUCUUGCACAGUUGUUCCACAGACCCUGCUGGAACCAUAAAUGUGGAGAUUCCCGACUCAGCCAUGUGCACAUUAGUGAAACCACGCUGGAUGUACAACCUGACAAUCCAGAUGACCACCUUGCUGUUUUUUAUUCUGCCCAUGCUCACAAUCAGUGUUCUUUACAUGCUCAUUGGGCUGCAGCUAAAGCGUGAAAAGAUGCACCAGGAACUGGAGCCAAAAUCUGGUUUCGGACAAGAUAGCUGCUGUAACAUCCGCACACAGCAGCAGAAGGCACGUCGCCGGCAAGUCACUAAAAUGUUGUUUGUCUUGGUUGUGGUUUUUGGAAUCUGCUGGGCUCCAUUUCACACUGACCGGCUAAUGUGGAGUUUCAUCAGUGACUGGACUGACACCCACUUGGAAAUCUUCCAGUAUGUGCACAUCACCUCCGGAGUGUUUUUCUAUCUCAGCUCAGCAGUCAACCCGAUCUUGUACAACCUCAUGUCAACACGCUUUAGAGAAAUGUUCAAGGAGGUCAUGUGCCAUCGGCCACAUCCCAUCACUCCCAGAAAACAUUCGCUCAGUGUCACCCGGGUGACGCUCCGCAGUACCCUGAGUGACGCGGCGCUCAGCAACGGAGCUGCUGUUGUUGAGGCAGAAGACGAAGAAGUGAGAAUGAAAUAUGAGACCAGUUUUUCUUGUUAAAAACAAACAAACACAUUUUAUGUCAUGUUAUGGGGGACACAUUAAGAGAGACUUGCUUGUUCUGAGCCAGUGCAUCCAUCAGCUGUCAUCAACAUCCAGUCUGCACAGAUGCAUCAGCAAAAUAUCUAAAAUAGUCUUAAGUGGAAGAGUUGCAGAAAAAAAGUGCACUCCUCUGCUGAAGCUGUCAGGCCACUGUCUGUUUUGAAAACUUAACCCAUAACUCAGCAAACCACACACCCCACAUGAACACUAAACUUUUUUAAGAGGGGAGGCUUAUGCUGAUCAAGCUAUAAAAUAUGUUCCAUGAAUGUACACACCCAUCGGUUUAUAAAGUUCUCAAUACAGGUCACUACUACAGUAUACAUUGCAAAAAAAAAGAACUGCAGUACAUGUGGUUACAUUACUUUGUUGUUACUCCAAAAAGCACAUUGUUACAUAAUUACCAGUUAACAAUAUAAACCUCCCAAUCUACUUCUGAUUAUCCUAGGAACCACAAGUAAGCCUGCAGUCUGUCAGUGAAGUGCUCGAUUUGGAUGAUAUGAUCCUGUGAGGUCUUUAAGAUCAGCCUGACUAUUUAAGAUCUUGCAUGUCAGGGGGAGGAUUGUAAAUUAGAUUCUGGAUUUAACAGGGAGCAAAUAAAAAGUAUAUAUAUGUGCUCAUUCUAGUCCCUGUCUAGUACUCUCGCAGCAGCAUUUUAGAAUGAAGGAUAGCUGGUUAUAGCAUACUUUUAAAUGAUGACAUCGGUGCAUUCUCAACUUGCACUACAAAAGAGAAGCGUGGAACUCAACUAGUCCUGAAAUCUAUAGGUUUCUUUAUAUAAUAACGGCAGGAGGCCACUGAAAAAACAGUUUAUUUAAGCAGGGCCUUAAACAUAACUCCAAAAUUUCUGCCAAUAGACAUGACCAAGAUGGCUGCCAAGUGGUCAGACUUGUUUCUAUGUGAACCAAUAAAUGUGAAAGUCAGAAAGAAGCCAUAUUUGUGUGUACAGUAGAAAAUGCUUUAAAUGAUGAUAUCAUUGAGGAGUAAUCUAGACAUACAGUUUGCAGACAAAAUAAUAAAAUGACCAGUUGUGUUGAACUUAUUUGUUAUUUGUUAAAAUACUAUGAAUAUAAUUUUGAAUGUAAAAUAUUAAUGUAUUUUGAUGUAAGAGGUAAACUACACAAUAUGUAUAUCAAAUUAUUGGUUAUUUCUAUCAUCACAAACUACCUUGAUGUGCAUUUGAAAAAUGUGUAUGUGUACUGCUUAUACUGGUGUUUUAAUGCUUUGUGUACUUCUUAGAGUUGUAAUAUAAAUGUUCUUUACUCACUGUUGCCGUUCAAAGUCUAAAAGAUGUAACAUUUACACUCAAACCUUUUGAGUGGAUUUUUUCGGAGUAUUGUGUUGAAAACAAAACAUAUUCAAUCUUGGCUGUAAAUGUGUUAAAAAUACACAUUCA